AUGGCAUCAAACACUGGUCGUCAUCUAUCACCUAUGGACGCUACACCCCCUGAAAGACCCCAGAGUGGAUCAGAGUGUGCCCUUGAAAUGCUGCAACACAUCUUUGGCGACCAAAUACCGGACAACGAGUUAGUCGACUACAUUCGGAUUGUGGAGGACAACAUGAAAGCUUGCACAUUCUUGAAGUUAGCUCAAACCACUUCCCCAACCAUCGUUCAAAAGUGGCUUGCCAAGGAGGUCCUUGCCCGUGGAACCCCUUUUUAG